CCUUUUGCACGUCGAGAAGCAAUCUACUGCUGUUAAACUGUAUUUCCCUGAGCAUUCAUGGACAAAUUAAAGAAAGUUUUAAGUGGCCAAGAUGGUAAUGACGACCUCAACGUCCUGCAGGCGGCAAACGAAGCAACAACUCUAGGCUGGGGCUCACGAGUCAAAGGGUUCAUCGUUUGUUUUGCAAUUGGGGUCCUGUUUUCAGUGCUGGGAACGUGUUUGCUGUGGGUUCCUAGAACUGGACUGAUCCUAUUUGCAGUCAUGUAUAGUUUGGGCAAUAUCGCUUCCCUGGCCAGCACAAUGUUUCUUAUGGGUCCGCUCAAGCAAGUUAAGAGGAUGUGUGACAAGACAAGAGCCCUGGCAACUGCUAUCAUGAUUACAUGUCUUGUGUUAACCCUCUGUGCUGCGUUCUGGUGGAAGAAUAAAGGACUCGCUCUGUUGUUCUGCAUUUUGCAGUUCUUAGCCUUUACUUGGUAUGGCUUGUCUUACAUUCCGUUUGCCAGGGACGCGGUGAUUAAGUUAUUCUCCGUCUGCCUGAAGUGAGAUGCGGCAGUGCGCCGGGCUUGAACUUUUCCUUUUGCUCAUCCUGGCUGUGAAUGUGGUACCACCACUGUAUGCCCAACGGUAAUGGCCACUAAAGCACCCACUCUACUCCCUGGCACCAGCGCAUACCUCACAGGUGCUGCUCUUCUCCCUCACACCUGGACAAACUCCAGGUGCACACACACACACACUCACACAGACACAGCGUACCCUUGGAUGGUAUAGCCCCCCUCUCAUCAUGCACUAAGAAGUCAGGUAAAGCUGGACUUAUUGCUGUGGAUAUACAUCUAAUCAUUAGCUGUUAGGUGUAUUUUAUACUUACUAAUUCCUUCCCUAGUGCCUUCCUCUCUGUAUGUGCCUGUAGAAGUGUCAGCUUAUAGGAGCUGAUUAACCACUGAUUAGAAAAACUUGUACUGAACAUGUAGCUUGUAUUUAGAGAUAGAGGUUGUCUGUUUGUCUGCUAUUUGUUGCUUAUGGCCUUCAGCAAUCAUGUUGACUGAACUGCAUCACGUGGGUUCAUUUCACCACAAAAAGGGAUCAUCAUAACAUUUCAUGUACUUUUCAUUCUCUCGAUAUAGCUCAUCAGUGGCUUUUAUGGAGUAGUUGCUUGUGUAAAUUAAGCAGUGAAGUUUGAUGCACAUAUCCUGGGCUUUGAAUGAGCUUGAUUUUUAUCUUGAUUGAAAAAUAACAAACAAUAC